AAUGUCUGUUGCUCCGUGGAACCGUCGCCCUCCUUAAAAUGGCGGCAGAAACCUACAAGAACCUCAUUCUCGAUUCUCCUCUUCUCAAGAGUUAAGGCACAUCAGCAGAUUGACACGGAAGAUAUGCAGUACAUGUCGAGCAUGGCGCCCAAAGGAUUAUGCCUCCUACCCCUCGCCCUCCUGUUCCUGCUGUUUCAAACGGCCACCGCGAACCCCCGCCACGAGAACGUCAUCGACCGGUGCUGGCGCGGGCGCGGCAACUGGGCGGCCAACCGCCAGCGUCUCGCCGUAUGCUCCGUAGGCUUCGCGGGGAAGAUGCGGCAGAACCGUGGCGCCGGAGUGACCCCGUACACGGUCACCGACCCGAGCGACGACCCUGUGCGGCCCCGGCCCGGCACGCUGCGGUACGGCGCGACGGUGCUGCCGGGGAAGGUCUGGAUCACCUUCCAGCGGGACAUGCACAUCAGGCUGGCGCAGCCGCUCUUCGUCAAGAGCUUCACCGCCAUCGACGGCCGCGGCGCGGACGUGCACAUCGCCGGGGGCGCCGGCAUCGUGCUCUACGAGGUGAACAACGUGAUCGUCCACGGGCUCCAGGUGCACGGCAUCCGCGCGCAGCCCGCGGGGAGCGUGGUGCGCCCGGGCGGCGCCGUGCAGAGCGUGGACGUCGGCGACGGCGACGCGAUCCGGCUGGUGACCAGCUCCAAGGUGUGGAUCGACCACAACACGCUGUCCCGGUGCGAGGACGGCCUCCUGGACGUGACGCUGGGGUCCACGGACGUGACCGUCUCCAACAACUGGUUCCACGACCACGACAAGGUGAUGCUGCUGGGGCACGACGACGGCCAGCUCACCGACCGCCGGAUGCGGGUCACCGUCGCGUUCAACCGCUUCGGCCCCAACGUCAACCAGCGCAUGCCGAGGAUCAGGCACGGCUACGCACACGUCGUCAACAACUUCUACGACGGGUGGAGGGACUACGCCAUCGGGGGGAGCAUGGGGCCGAGCGUCAAGAGCCAGGGCAACCUGUUCAUCGCCUCCACGACGGACAGCGCCAACGUAACGCGAAGGAUGCCGGCCGGAGAUACCGCCGGGAAGGAGUGGCAUUGGCACUCCGUGGGGGACUCGUUCGAGAACGGCGCCUUCUUCCAGCAGAUGGGCAGCAGGGUGCGGCCGAAUUACAACAGGCAUCAGGCGUUCCCGGCAGCGAGCUCGAGCGUGGUGCGGUCUCUGACCAAGGACGCUGGUGCUCUGAGGUGCUCCGCCAGGUCCGCCUGCUGAACGAACGGAGAGAAGCAAGACGUGCGGCAGUACGUGCACACUGUUCUUAUAUUGCAAUAUAUCUGUGUGUUUGCUGGCACACUGCGGCUUGUUGUUCUUCGAUUACUUCUGCCGUAUCAUUGUCCAUCCUUUGGGUCUCUUAAUUAGGGGUGGGGUGGAAGGGGGUCAUUUGAUAGAGCCUUCCUCAUUUUUGUCUUCAUGUUUCUAAAACGAAUAUGGUAUAAAUACGAAUAUUGUUGAAUA